CGCAGCGGAGUGUCCAACUCUGGGCUGGGUGGGGAGGGGAAGCAGCAGAGAGGAUGAGCGGCGGCGGCGGAGCCGGAGUGCUGGGCGCCGGCUCGUCGUACCAGAGCUUCGUCCGCACCGCGCUGGAGCUGACCCGCCUCCGCACCGCCCUCACGCCGCACCCCUCGCAGGAAAAGUUCAGGCUCAUACGAGCCAACGAUGAUGCUACUGUGCUGGACGCUCUCUCAUUCAGCGGCCCCAAGAUCAGACUGCUUCGCAGCUUGACGGUCGAAAAGAAAAACUCUGUUCAGGUUCUUGACUUUGCUGCUUUCUCUGAACCUGAAUACGAUCUUCCAAUAUUUUGCGCCAACGCUUUUACUACUCCUGCACAGAGUAUUGUUGUCUUGGACCUCAAUCCGCUAUAUAAUAUAACUAAAAACAAGGAUUACAAAGAUAAAUACUACAGGAAUUUGAUGCCUCUUAUAGAGAAGUAUAGGGAGCUUCUGCCAUGGGGUGGCAAGAUUACGAGCGAAUCUCUGAUAUUCUUCUCUCCAAUCGUGAUCUGGACAAUAUUUGAGCCCACUGAACAAAACCAUCAUGUUCUGUAUUCAGCUUUGACGGAUUACUAUAAGGUUUGGCUUCAGUUAAUGGAUCAAGCAACCCAAGAAAAUGACACAACGAAAGUUGUUCGUAACAGAGAAGCGCAACAUAGAUAUCUCACAUGGAGGGCUGAAAAGGAUCCUGGGUUUCCACUUCUGAAGAAGUUGAUUGGUGAAAGCCAUGCCAAGGAUUUGGUGACUGAGUUCCUGUUUGAAGGAGUGCAUUCUCUUGGAAGUAAAUCUUUCCUGGACUAUUUCCCCGAGUACGCGCGUGAUGACGGGACAGUAAACAAGAAGAGGAGUAUGGUCGGGAAAUCCUUCGAGACUAGGCCUUGGGAUGCUACCGGCAAAUUCAUCGGUGGCAAGGAUGCAGGAUGCGAUCUUUAGCUGUAGGAUCUGCAUGAGCAUCCUUCGGGUUUUACUGAACUCGGCUUGGGGUGCUACUGGAGAAUCCAUUGGUGGUGAGAUGCAGGAUGAGAUCUUUUGCUGUAGGAUCCACAUGAGCAUUUUUAGGGUUUUGCUGAACUCAUAGCUGACAAUCAUUUUCACGACGCUCUUCCUUCUCAGGUUUCGUUCUACCGUUCUUCAUUACACGCUGUCCAUGCUACUUCGUAUCCUUGUAAUUUCAUCUGAGGGGUCUGUGUAGCUUAGAAGACCUGUGUAAUAUUUGAUUGGGUGUAAUAUCAAUAAUAACUUAGGUUGAUAUCAUAUACUCAUCACCUAUUUGUGAGGAAA